AUGAUGUCCUCUCGUAAGCAGAAAGCCGACAUCUUCAUCCGUCAGAAGACUCGCCCCGAGCACCAUCUCGAAAGCCAUGUGAAUGGUCCCAGAGCGCCGACCUACCACCCUCGAAUUGCUCCCCCGCCGCCCAUGUUCAGCUCAGUCCCGUCGGCUUCGACCUUGCCUUCGACAGCUAUACCACAGCAGCGCCGUGGAGAGGAGGUGUUCUAUACAGAUCCAGCAAAGGCCAACGAGGAUCUCAAGGCAUUGCUGGAGGGAGGGAUGGAGGGCGAUGAUGACGAAGGAAAACCCAAAGAUGAUGCAGCUGCUAAAGACCCCAAGACGAUAGCCAAGGACGGCAACGUAGCUGGUCUCAAGGUGCAAUUGCUACCUCACCAAGUUGAGGGCGUCAACUGGAUGCGCGGCCGUGAACUCGGCCCAGUCAAGAAGGGGAAAGUUCCCAAGGGUGGUUUGCUUGCAGACGACAUGGGGCUUGGCAAGACGCUGCAGUCAAUCUCUCUCAUCCUUCUCAAUCAGAAGCCAAAAAAGGACGAGGAGGGGUGGAAGAAGAAUCUUCAAAAGGUCGACAAGACGACUCUCGUUGUUGCCCCUCUGGCAUUGAUCAGGCAAUGGGAAACAGAAAUCAACGAGAGGGUGGCCAAAACACAUGGUCUAAAAGUUCUGGUACAUCAUGGACCACAGCGAACAAAGCAGCCGGAGGAUCUCAAGCUGUAUGAUGUUGUCAUCACGACCUACCAGAUCCUCGUUUCUGAGCACGGAAAGUCGUCGGACGAUGUCAAGACAGGCUGCUUUGGACUUCACUGGUGGCGAGUCAUCCUAGACGAGGCGCACACCAUCAAGAACCGCAACGCAAAAGCCACCAAGGCGUGCUGCGCGCUGCAAUCCGAGUAUCGAUGGUGCUUGUCAGGUACACCCAUGCAGAACAACCUUGAGGAGUUGCAGUCCCUCAUCAAAUUCCUUCGCAUCAGGCCAUACGACGAUAUAAAGGCGUGGAAGGAUCAGAUCGAGCUCCCCAUGAAGGGUGGCAAAGGCCAUAUCGCCCUCGGUAGGCUUCACAGCUUUCUUCGCUGUUUCAUGAAGAGGCGGACAAAGGAGAUCCUGAAACAGGCCGGAGCACUCACGCCCGGCGGAGUGCCAUCAGCUGAUGGCGCAGCAGCGAUAAACGGAUUUAGACAUACCAACCGCAAGGUAGUCACUGUCGCCACUGAGCUAUCUCCUGCAGAGCGGAAGUUUUACCAGAAACUGGAAGCUCGUGCCGACCAAAGCAUGACAAGAAUGAUGAGAGAGAAGAUUAGCUACGCCAACGCCUUUACGUUGCUGCUACGCUUGAGACAGGCGUGCAAUCACCCAAAGCUGCUCGAAGGGAAGCUAGGGGAUGACAAAGAUGCGCUUUCAACAGACUCUCCGAGCGCAAAGCAGCAAGACGGAGAUGUGGAUUCAGUGACUGAUCUGUUUUCGGAUAUGGGAAUCAGCACCAAACAGUGCAGCAUUUGCGGCCGGCCGGUGGAGAAGAACGCAGGUAAUUCUGAAAAUGACAACUGUGCCGAGUGUGCCUCGGAUUUGGCAUUCUUUGUUGGUGGUGAGAAGUCGAAGGAGAAGAGUAAGAAGAAGAAAGCCAAGAAAACUGUGAAAACAGCAUCCGACGAUGAAGAUGACGAAGAGCCGAAGCAAAGGUCUCGUCGGAAUCGGAACCGCAAAGCUGUCAUUGACAGCGAUGACGAAGAAGAGGAUGGGGGCAGCUGGCUUGUCUCGGAAAGCGAGCGGGGAGCUCUGAAGCUCGGCAAGGCUGGAGGAGAAGAAGAUGAGAAUGCAGAAGGCGGCGGAGACUCAAUAGGAUCCGAGGAUUCUGAAGACUCUGAAGAAGAAUACGAUGACGAAAGCAACCUUGACAGCUUUGUGGUGGAUGAUUCGGUCGCCAGAAAGGAGAAAGGGUAUAAGUCUGUGGAUGACGAUUCGGAUGACGAUUCCCUCUUGUCCAUAUCUGAAAUAACAAAGGGUAUGGCCGCACAGACGCUCAAGGACAAGGGCUCUCGCACUUCAAAAUCCAAAUCCAGACGUGCCAUCCCCGUUUCUGACGAUGAUUCCGAAGCGGGCUCAGAGACCGAAUCUGAGUCUGAGGAGGACGACUCAGACGCCUCUUCCGACUACGAGCCCUCGCCAGACGGCAAGAGCAUCUUUUCAUCCGCCAAGAUCCGGGAACUCACCAAGCUUCUGCGCGCAGAGGCGCACGAGCACAAGUUCAUCGUCUUUUCGCAGUUCACCUCGAUGCUCGACUUGGUGGAGCCGUUCCUGCGCAAGGAAGGGUUCCGGUUCACGCGGUACGAUGGCAGCAUGAGGAACGAUGCGCGGGAGGAAAGCUUGCGGAAGCUGCGCGAGGACAAGGCGACGAGGGUGCUGCUUUGCAGUCUCAAGUGCGGUAGCUUGGGGUUGAACUUGACUGCUGCGACGAGGGUCAUCAUCAUUGAGCCGUUUUGGAACCCGUUCGUCGAAGAACAAGCCAUAGACCGAGUCCACCGCCUCACCCAAACCGUCGACGUAGUCGUCUACAAGCUCACCGUCACCCACACCGUCGAAGAAGGUAUCCUCGAGCUGCAAGAAAAGAAGCGGCUCCUCGCCGAGCAGACCAUCGAGGGAAGUUCCCGAAAGGGCGCCCUCAAGCUCGGCCUCAAGGAAAUCAUCGACCUGUUCAAGCCCAUCCACACGUCCCGCUUCCAGGAUGACUACGGCAAUGAUGCGGCCGGAGAUGAGAAUAGGAGGGCUAAGGAUGCUGUGGCGUUUAUGCAGAAGGCUACAAAGACGAAGAAGCCGGAGAAUGGUGCGUACGCGAGACGGUGGUAG